UCUCUCUCUCUCUCUCUCUCUCUCUCUCUCUCUCUCUCUCUCAGUGUGAUGUUUGUAUCCUCUGGAUAACGGAAUAAAAUCAUCGCAGCUGCAGUAGGAUGUGUGGAAUGACGGUGCUUUUAGAUGAUGGUGGAGGUGAUGAAGACUUUGAUGUGGAUGAUGGGAUCCGGAUGCUGCCUCCUCCUCCGGCUCAGUGUGAUGGCGGGGUCUGGGGGGCCCGGCGGGGUCACUGCGGGUGUGUGCUGUGGACGCUGCUGCUGCUGCUGUGGAACGUCCUGCUGCUGCUGGGGUGUGUGCUGCUGAUGCUCCUGAUCUUCAGCCUCAUCCUGUUGCCCACCGCCCUGCUGCUGUACGCCGGCUUCCUGUGCCAUUCACGGGUUGUGGCUUCUCAGACUGCUCUUUGCCGUUACCUUGACGACAACAGUUGCUCUGCCCUCAUCAUCCUGGGCUUUGUCAUGAUGUCUCCGCUCGUGGUGGUUGCUGCGGCGACGUUUUGCGCUAUUCUCAGGCGGCUCCACCUUCUCUUAUAUUUUCAGCCAAUCACAGCAGCUCGUUACCAAGGGCAGGGCUUUGGCUGGAAGCGGGACAUCCACGCCUGGGUUUGACUGACAGACACACCCAUUAUUCUCAGGUCAGCAUCCGAGGUGACCUCUAGCAACAUUUAUAGUGUAAAGGUCAAAGGGUGAGUGAUGUCACAGAGGACAGCGAUGGCAUUACCGUAACUCUAUAGAAACGCAAUCACAUAACAUGUGUAACACAGUGUUUAUAAUAUAUCCCUUAAUGACCAAACUGUAACUCUGGAAACAUUUAUAAGAGAAUCCUAUUUCAGUCAGUUCAAUUUUUCACAUGAUUGAGAAAUUGAUGUAAGUGUACUGUAUAUUUAAAUUGUAAACGUGUUACCAUGUUACAUUAUAUGGCUACUUUAUUUCCACACAUGCUAGAUUCGUUAAGUCUGAUUGCGUGCAAUAUACGACGAUGCUCUGUGCGAAGCAAUCACACAAAUGUACAUCAUCACAAUGAAAAAUAUCUCUUUGUUCAGAAGAAAACCAAGGUGUAACAGACUUCUGUGUAACACCAAACUGACGUUUCACUGGUUUAUGAAUAAGUGUAGUAGUUUAGAGAUGUGUUUGAUUGC